ACGAAGCUUGAAAAUAAUGUAAUACUUAUAGCCUUAUAGCUUUGUAUUGUUGAUAAGAAUGCUCCUGGACAUCACAGAAAAGCAAAUUGCAAAAGAAAUUAGAUAUGCGUCCAGGUAUCUUGGUAGGCCUAUUGGCCUUUGCUGCCAUCACUGCAGGGUUUCCGAAUAAGCGCACCGGACUGCCUGCUUCCAAGUCAUCUAUACAAAAUCUGAAGUCCAAAAUUAAAAAUGUUGUCAUUCUUGUCAUGGAGAACCGCUCCUUUGACAACUUAUUGGGAGGCCAGAAGCUUUUCGGUCUCGACAAUCCAAUUCAACACGGGCCAUUUUGCAAUCCCUACAAUGUCAGUGACCCAGCGGAAGGGAUGGUCUGCAGCGCCGCCAGAGACUAUGACUCGAUCACCGAUGACCCGGAUCAUGCAGUGUACGGAAACAAUUUCGAGUUCUACAGUACCUUCACACCUGACAAUGCUGCUAUUGAAAGCGGCCAACUGAUACCAAAUCAAAAUGGCUUCAUUCAUGAGCAACUCCGUCUGUACAGCUCCGAGGCCAACAGGACUGAGUUAGCCACGCAGGUUAUGAAUUACUACACGGAGGAACAGGUUCCUGUACUUACCACGUUGGUGCACAACUUUCUCACUUUCAAUCACUGGCAUUCAGAUAUCCCCGGACCUACGAAUCCUAAUCGAGCUGCGAUUGUAUCUGGAACAUCGUACGGGCAUGGUACAAAUGAUGAUGGUUUCUCAGAACAUGUUUUUCCACAGACUUCAAUCUGGCAGCAACUGACUGAGACAAAUCACUCCUGGACCAAUUAUUGGGAUACUGCUGGCGGUACAGGUCCAGACGCUGGGUACUUCAGUUGGACUUAUGAGACUGGCAACAAUGACAAGAUUGUUGCCAUGGAGAAUUUCUAUACGGAUGCUGCGGCUGGUUCUUUGCCUGAGCUCAGUUACAUCAAUCCGUCUUGCUGUGGAGUAGGCACCACUUCAAUGCACCCUAGUGGCCUUGUUUCUGAUGGGGAGGAACUGAUCCGGAGUGUUUACGACGCCUUACGUGCAAGCCCCCAGUGGGAACAGACCUUGUUCAUCUUAACAUUUGACGAGAGCGGUGGUUUCCAUGAUCACGUUCCUCCUCCUCUUGCUCCUCGUCCGGAUAAUCUUACUUACACUUCAACAACACCGUCUGGUCAAAACUAUACCCUUAGUUUCAACCGUCUGGGAGGCCGCAUUCCUACACUUUUGAUCUCUCCUUGGGUUGCUAAGGCCUAUGUUGAACAAAAAAGUCUCAAUUCUGAGGGCGAAACUGUCUCGUACUCGGCAUCAUCGAUCUUGCGUACGUUGGGUUACUUAUGGGACUUUGAACCGUUCAAUCCCAGAGUCGAAUAUUCGCCUUCCUUCGAUCACUUGAUCCAAUCUUAUUUACGAAUGGAUACUCCGAGCUCUCUUCCUAAAGGGACUGCAUUCAAGAGCUAGACUUACAUUUUUAAUGCUAUGAAUAGCGUCAGAUGUGCGCUUUUUUAUUGAUAAGCAUUCCAGACAUCAGUUCCUCUUUCAUUAAACACUAUGAAAGAUAAUCUUACAGUCAAGAAGAUGUGUAUGUAAAAUGACAAGAAGUUGCAUUUUCAGUCAAUACUCC